GGACCAUCCCGUCGACUACCUACCCUAGCGGGUCGACAGAUCGCAAAACCAACCUCCGCUCAAUUAUACGACGACAUUCACUGUGUUAGCAGAUUUUGCUCUCCCCGAGUUUUGCUUGCUUGUUCGACCGCGGCAAUCGUCCUCGACGCGUUUAACGACAUCAUUAUCCGCUUCUCGUGCAUCCGUCAUGUCUUCGAACCCGCAACCCACUAUCUCGGCCAAAGCAUCGAACCCCUCGAAAUCUGUCGGCCUUUCAAAUCAAUCAACGCCCUCUUAUUCGCAGACCAACGCCUAUUUUGGAGAAGUUCUCGGUCAACGUAGAAGUGGCGGUUCAGGCAGCUCCAACGCCGCUAACUCGAAGCCCUCGUCGACCCCGCGCAGCAAUCAAAGUGCCAAAGCGAAGCACAAGCAAUCGAAGAAGUUUAGACUCGCGGAUGAGGAUGCUCUUGCUGAAUCCGCCGCCAUGCAUUCAACUAGCAGUCGCAAGGGCCAGACCUCUAUCACCCACCUCAUGAACUUCUCUCUCCCGCCACGUCCUCAGGCACACCAGCACAAUUCCAGAUAUGCCUCUGGCCGUCCUCGACGCAACCCUACUUGGGGUCUAGGUUCUGGAUAUCACGCAGUGGACAAGGCAAGAUACGUUCACGCCAACUACCGCUUCAUUGUUGACCCUAGAGCCGACUAUCGGGCUCAACGCGUUGAUGCUGAUGUCCAUAUCGACUGGAACAACGUACUGCAAAUUCUUGUCUCGACCGAGUCCCAAUCUUCAGCGUGCCCAAUCUGUCUGGGGACGCCUACCGCUCCCAGGAUGGCUAGAUGUGGCCACAUAUUCUGCCUACCCUGCUUGAUCCGAUACAUGCAUUCGGAGGACGGGUCCGCUACUGGAGUUGAAAAGAAGGCACGCUGGAAGAAGUGCCCAAUCUGUUAUGAUUCUAUCUACGUUUCCGAGACAAGACCAGUUCGUUGGUAUACCGGUGCUGAGUUUGAACCCCCGAGAGAGGGAGAUGACGUAGUAUUGCGUUUGAUACAGCGCCCCGCUGGAAGCACCCUUGCUAUGCCCAGAGAGAGCCCCGACGCCCUUGGAAAAGGAGACGACAUUCCCUGGUACUUUGCCGCUGAGGUUAUGGAUUAUGCUCGUGUCAUGAAGGGCGGUGAAGAUUACAUGCUGGCCCAAUUGGACGAGGAGAUUCAGAAUGUCAGGGCUAUGGAACAAGAGGACGAAGUCAUGUUUGGAGACGACACUCAAUGGACUAGCAAAGCUGUACGUGCUUUGAACGAAGCGAAGGAGAGAAUCAAGGGCAUCGGAAACCCUCCAGCAGCGCCGAAAAAGCCCGAAGAGCCCGAGCCCAAGAAGCCUGCCAUCCAAUUCAACCAAACCGACGAAGGAGUACCGGAAAUGUACGCAAUUCAGCAGGCCAUUAAGUCAGGCCAGAGCUUGCCUAAUGGGCAGAACGGACAAGCGGAGUCGUUGCCCAGUGAGCAAGAAGCCAGCACGAGGAAGGACGACACCACAACCAGUAUCCUUUCGACGUCUCUAGCCGAGUUCCGUGCCCGACAGCAUGCAGAGCGCCAACCGGAUACCUACUUCUUCUACCAAGGCUUACUUCACUAUUACCUUUCCUCCCUGGACAUUCGCAUCCUGAAAGCUGCUUUUGGAAACUAUGACAACUUCCCUUCUUCGAUACUUCCCCGCGUCGAGCGUGUUUCGACUGGCCACAUCGUCGACGAUGACCUGCGCAAGAGGGUCAAAUACCUUGGACAUCUUCCAUACGGUUGUGAGGUCAGCUUCCUGCAAUGUGACUGGACCGACACUGUUCCGCCAGCCAUCCUCGAACAGUUCCAGGGCGAGAUCGACAGACGACGCAAACGAAACACAGACAAGGAAGCAAGAGAAGAGAAGGAACGUGUUCGUGCAGAGAAGGCUGAAGAUCGAGAGUUCGCAGCCGCUCGACGAAGACGUGUCAGCAUACCAAGCGAAAGCAGGUUUCGACCUGAUGACUUCGUGCCCUUGAGCGCGAAUGGGGGCUCUGAUGCAGCAGGUUCGUUUGACGGCCACGGAUCUUCGUCGUCGCCACCCUGGAGCAACAGCAAUCGACCACAAGGAUCUGCUUAUGCCUCGCUUGCGUCACCUGGUACAAGUCCAGCUACCUCACGGACGGUAUGGGGUACCACAGCCAUUCCCCUGACUAGUCCUGAACUCGCCGCCCUCCAAAAUGGAAACAUGGACGACGGCUGGCUCGAUGGAUGGGAGAGGGAGCUGAGCCAAGAUGAUGAGCUCAUUGCCCAGGUACAGGCAGCAAGUCUAGGAGAGGGAUCCUCAUCUUCUGCUAGCAGACCUGCACCUGCCGCCAAAGGCAAGAAGAAGGGCAAGAAGAUUACUCUGAUGAGCACGAACGCUAGACGAGGCGCUUGACGAUAAGAACUGGCUUAUGGAUUCGAAUUUCCAGGCGUUUAUGAAGGCUGGUACUGCAUUGCAUUGAGAUUAUACCUUGGACGGCUAGCGAAGGUCCAUAUACAUACAACUAUACAGACACGAAAUACAUGAUCAAGAAUUACAAAUUUAAAGACGUUUUGUGCAUUUGAUGCAUUUGGAAGAAAA